GCUGCCCUGCACUGUAUAGUACCAAAACCCAACAGGGCUAUUGUGACUAUAAGCCCUUGUAACUGAACUGACCUUUUGUUUCUCGGCUACCAUUCACAAUAGCCACUAUAGCCAAACAGCUGACAAUUGUGACGUGAAAACUACACGUGCACGAAUUGUGCAGAAAUAGAAGAGUUUAUAAACAAAUAAAUCACAUAAACGAAAUCGAAAUGGAUGCACAUGAUUUAUUUCGCCAAUUAACAAGAGGUGUUAAAUUUACAAAACGUAGCAAUGCAAAGCCUAAGAAAUCAAUAUCGGAAAAAGUGACCAAAAGCGAUGAAGAAUUGAACGUUAAGGAGGAAAGUAUUGCAAUCGACAAUGGAGACGAUGAUGAAUCUAUGGACCAAGAAAUUCAAUCCAAUGGGAUAAAUUCCAGUGAGAGUGAACAAUCUGAAGUGGAGGACGAAGAGCCACAAUCAUUUGAAUUUCUAUCUGGGGUCACAAGUUCCUCCAAAAAGUCCAAAAAGAAAAAGAAACUUGCUUUGACCGGGGAAGAAAAGGAAAAACAGUUGCAAGAUGAAAUGAUAGCAACUAUACAUAAAGAAAAUCGCAUAGCAGUUUUGGGCAAAAAUAUACCACCUCCCAUUACCAGCUUUCAAGAACUUCACACCGUUUACAAUAUGAGCGAACGAUUGGUGGAGAAUUUAAUAAAUUGUAAUUAUGCCCAACCCACCGCAAUUCAAAUGCAAGCUAUACCUAUUAUGUUGCAAGGACGACCCCUGAUGGCUUGUGCUCCCACUGGAUCGGGUAAAACAAUAGCAUUUUUAGCUCCCAUCAUUAAUGAUCUGAAGGCACCGAAAAAGGUUGGAUUUCGAGCAAUGAUUUUAGCUCCAACCCGUGAAUUGGCACAACAAAUCUAUCGGGAAUGUGUACGUGUGUCUGAGAAAACAGCAUUGAAAAUUCACAUUAUAAGCAAAGUGAAUCAGGCAAAAUUAAAAUUGGGUGAAAAUACCUCAAAGCGAUUCGAUAUAUUGAUUUCAACGCCGAAUCGUGUAAGAUAUUUGUUGCAACAAGAGCCGCCGUUGUUGGAUUUAAAAAGCAUAGAAUGGUUCAUAUUGGACGAAGCCGAUCGCUUAAUGGAAGAGGGGCAAAACAAUUUCAAAGAGCAAUUGGAUGAUAUUCUAGCUGCAUGCACCAAUCCCAAAAAGAAAUUGGCCUUAUUCAGUGCCACAUAUACAGUGCCCGUUGCCAAAUGGGCGUUAAAAAAUUUGAAAAAUUUAGCGCGUGUAAAUGUUGGCGCACAAAAUGCAGCCACCGAAUGUGUUGAGCAAGAACUGUUGUUUGUGGGCUCAGAGAGUGGAAAGCUGUUGGCAAUGCGUGAUCUGGUAAGAACUGGUUUAAAGCCACCAGUUUUGGUUUUUGUGCAGAGUAAGGAUCGAGCUAAACAGCUAUUCGAAGAACUUUUAUAUGAUGGCAUUAAUGUGGAUGUUAUACAUGCCGAUCGCACCCAGCAACAGCGUGAUAAUUGUGUGAAAGCAUUUCGUGAAGGUCACAUUUGGGUAUUAAUUUGUACUGAGCUGAUGGGACGUGGUAUUGAUUUUAAGGGAGUUAAUUUGGUGAUUAACUAUGAUUUUCCACCAUCAACCAUAUCUUAUAUACAUCGCAUUGGGCGAACGGGAAGAGCGGGUAGACCGGGAAGAGCCAUAACAUUCUUUACACAAAACGAUACCACAACUUUGAGAAGCAUUGCCGAAAUUAUAAGAAAUUCGGGAGGUAAAGUUCCUGAAUUUAUGUUAAAAAUGAAAAAACCCAAAAAAUCUGAUAAAAAGAAAUUGGCUAAUUUCGCUCCCAAACGCGAGGAUAUCUCAACGAAAAUAAAACCCGAACAGGAAAGACAAGAAAAGUUAGCCAAGGUGGAGAAAUCAUUGAAGAAAAAACAAAAAUCUCUUAAAGCGGGCGAUGAAAGGGAAACUAAAAAUUCCAAGAAAUUGAAAAAAGUACAAAAAUUAAAAAACACCCAAACAAAUACAAAGAAUGGACUCGAAAAUCGCAAGAAAAAUCAGCCAAAACAAAGUUCCAUCGUCAAAAAGGCAAAAAAGUUCAAAUCCAAAAAAUAA